CACUCCUAUCACGAUCGGCGGGCUGUUUUUUGCGCACACAUCUGCACUAGUAGCAGCACUAGCAGUGGAUUAAUGGCUAUAUAACUCCAGUGCAAUAAUUAACUGGCUCAUUAGCUUCUAAACAUGAUGCAACGCUAGUUUGCUGGGUGAGAGAAAGACUACAUUUUCAACAUUGCGAUGUUGAAAAUGAAUUCAUCUGAGGUGAUAGACACGGACGAUUUCACUUGUGAGGAUGAAGACGUCUCAGAGCAUUACACAAAAAUCGGACAUUCGUUGGUCGAGAAAGGAGGAAUGAAAGAGGCACUGUCAGCAUUCCAGACAGCAUACAAGCUGGCUGUACAAACAGACAAUGUAGAAACCGAACGGGCAUGCGCCUUCAACCUAGGAGCAGUGUUGAUAGCACUUAAAGAUCCAGUUAAAGGACUUGACUACCUAUACCAGGCUCUACCAUCGGACGAGGAGCUCCAGCUUCCCGAUGAAUUUGGGAAUGGCGACCUAUUCUUCAACUUUGCGCUCGCGCACGAAACGCUUGAGGAUUUUGAGGAAGCUCUCAGACAUUACAGCAUGGCGCUGGCAUCCUACCGACUACUCGACUCCGUCAAUGAAAACCCGUUCAUGGAAGGCGAGGUAUGUAUCAAGCAGGGCAUGAUGUAUAGUAAGCUACUGAAACCCAUAGAGGCAGCAGAGCGGUUCAAGGAAGCAGCAGCAGCCUACUUUAGAGUGAAUGCCUGCAGGAGACAAGCUACAGCCCUACUCUAUCAGGCAAAUCAGCUGCUUGGUGGGGACAAGCACAAAGAGUGUAACACAGUACUUGAAGAAUGUGUAUGUGUGUGUGAAAAAUUGCCUCACACUAAAGAACUCGGAAAACUUUUUAAUGAAGUUGGUCUCACAUUCAUGCUAUGCAAGCAGUAUUAUCGGGCUGCCACCUGCUUCGAGUGUGCUCUCCCAAUUAUUCGCUCCUGCCAGUUGACAAACAAGAAACAUGAGGCAGUUAUACUUCAGAACCUGGGAGCAGCUUACAACUCGCUUAAUGAGUACCAGAGGUCUAUCUCUGUUCAUGACGCUGCAGCAGCUCUGCAUGCUGAGCUUGGCAAUCGAGGUUCACAAGGUCAAAGCUUCUGUAACCUGGCAUACGCGUACGCAAAGCUGUGCAAGUUUGAAGAGGCGGGCGAGGCUUACCUGCAUGCUCUGCAAGCCUUCAAAGACAUUGGUGACAAGCACAGUCAGUGGCAGGCAUACGAAGGCCUGGGUUCGGUGAAUCUCCAUCAGAACAGGCCGGGGAAGGCCGCCCAGUUUUUCAAGAUGGCGCUGAACAUAAUUUCGACGGCCGAGCACAACACAACAGCGCAGUCUCGCAUCGUGGGGAAGCUCACUGACGCGUUGCAGUGUCAGCUUCAGCAAAAUCUCUCCAUGCAGAUGCAGGGUGCGCGUGGAUUCACUCCCAUGUACCUGCAUCGUGGGUAUGAGAGUGAUGUUGGACUCAGUCGGACGUGGAACACUCAUGGGCCGUACGCGGCGCGGCAGCUAGCGCGCAGCACUACCGCAGCGGGAGGAGGUGCAGCCGUGCCGCUGCCUCCUCUACUCAACCCACGCAGCAUGUCCGAUGGACAGAUCAAUGGGCAGGCGCAGUCGGUGCAGAUGCACGCGCAGCGAUACCAGGCGAAGACAAACGAUGGCGUCAAAGGCGAACGAAGUAACGUAGGUCAGGACACACCAGCAUACCGCAACAUGAAACCAAAAGCAAAGAAAAGUACACCGGAUCCCAAAACUGCAAAAACGAAUGGCGAUCUGAAGCCCCGAUUGUCAACAGCUUCAUCAGAGGAAUCGAUACGCAGCUCCUUGCUUGACCCAACGCCACAGCACAGCCUGGUCAUGCAAGAUGGACCGUUAGAAGAUCGGCGGAAUUUAGGCAUGUAUCAAAGCCAAAGCUUCCCUAAAGGUCUGGAGCUCGGUCCAGAUACUCUCAUGUCCUUAUCACGUGGUAUAAGAGAUGCAGAGAUGUACCAGUCACACGUUGCCAUGCAGGAUACGCUAAAUGCAAUGAGAACUGCGCAAGCCACGUCCAAUCGAAAGAAGAGAUCGAAGAGUUCUUCAAAAGUCUGCUGUGUCAUGUGACAGCGCAAAUGUCAAAAUGCCAGUUCUAUAAGAUGUCAGCUUAUUUUAAAGAAGUACAAGAUGGCAGCCUGUGUACCAGGCAUACAGGAUAGCAACAUGUGUAUUAGAUGAACAGAGUGUUAGCCUGUGUACUAGACAUACAAGAUGAUACAAGAAGACAGUGGGCCCCCAGACCCACAAGAUGGCUAGCACCAUGCAGUCCAAGCCAAUCUUGCAUUCUCAAAUCUAGCAUUGGCUGCUAUCGGCUACCACAUAGGUACGUAACACGUAGAAAGUCAGGUUUCCCCAUGAGUGUACGAAUUUCAAUUAAAGUUGGUAGUGCCAUAUAAUUAAUAUAUAAUUCCUAAUAUUACUGUUCAUUCAAUAUUUUCUAUAGAUCGCAUCACGAUGGCAAAUAAAAACCAAAUAUAGUAGAAGCUUAGAUAUACAUGCUUAACAGUGUAUAAUUUUAUAUGUUCAUAUCCUGGUCCAGUUAGGAUAGCAGUGUGCAGGUAAAAUUAUGGAACAGCACAUGUUAUUCAACCAUGUAAAUAAUGUAGAUAUAUGUGUUCAGAGGCAUUAAAUGCAAUUAUGGUUAUUUUUGAUCAA